AUCAGAUAUGCAUAUUUCAGCAUCAAACAGAAAUUGCGAAAGGAAAAAAUAACCAUUUUAAACGACUCAAGCUCAAAUCUCCCCAUACCCUGCUAGAAAAAAAAACUAAGUGGAGCUCAGACAAGUUUCUUUUAUAACCAAGUCUUAGAAGGACUCUUUCUUAAGAAGAUGACCUCUGUGAAGGAAAUAUCAAAUUCUGAGAACUCAGCUGUAGAACAGCUGAGAGCGAGAUUUGCUGACGAACUGAGUCCUAAAUUGUAUGACAACACUCUUAUGUUUUACCGAUUUUUAAAAGCUCGAGAUUUUAAUCUGAAUAACGCAGAACAUAUGCUGAGAAAGCAUAUUGAGUGGAGGAAAGAACAAGGUAUCGACAACAUUCUCUCCUACGAGGCUCCAGAAGUCUUAGAAAAAUAUAUCGCCCAUAGCAGAUUUGGAUUUGACAAAGAUGGUUGUCCAGCCCGAUAUGUUCCGUUAGGAAGAAUGGAUGCAAGAGGUUACUAUUGGUCAGCUAGACCCAGCGAUGUUAAUAAAGUCGUCAUACGUGAGUUGGAACGGGAUUUGUUAAUUUUAGAGGAUUACUGUAACAGGUUUGGAAAAGUAAUAGGGGGAUGUGUUUAUAUAUAUGACAUGGAAGGCCUUUCAUUUUCCAAAGCUACAGACAGAACACUCAUUGCGAAUUUUAUGCAAUUAUCUAAAAUUUAUCAAGAUAACUACCCGGAGAUGUUGAAAACUUUAUUUGUCUUAAACCCUCCUAUGUUCAUUACCAUCCCAUUUGCAAUCAUCAAAACAUGUUUAACUGGAACUUUAGUCAGCAAAAUUAAUUUUACGACAAAACGUGACUGGAAAGAAGAACUACUCAAACAGUUUGAUGCUGACCAAUUACCUGCAUUCUUAGGAGGAAAUAUGACAGAUCCGGAUGGAAAUCCGAUGUGUUAUACAAUCGUACGUCAUGCUGCCGUAAUACCUGAGAGCUAUUACAUACAUAAAAGCAAAAGGUCCAUAGCACAAGAUGAAGGUGUAAAACAAAUUAUGCUGCUACCAAGUUCUCGAUUGGAAGUGCCAUUCGAAGUGAAAGAAUCCGGUUCGCAGGUGGAAUGGGAGUUCGAAACAGACAGUAAAGACAUCAGUUUCGGGCUAUUCUUGCAAGAAAUAGAUGAAAAUGGGAAAAAAUUAAAAGAAUUAGUUCCUGUUAAGAAAACUGAUAUGAGUGAUUAUUCAGAAACAGGAAUGUAUAAAUAUGCCAAAAAGGGCAUAUAUGUGAUACUCUUUGAUAAUAGCUAUAGCUGGAUACAUUCUAAACAGAUUUAUUACAAGUUAAACGUGGUGCCUCCGCAAAGUCAAGAAAUGUAUUGAAAACUGGAAGAAUCUGUGCAGAUUUAAAACUUUUAAAAAAGUCUCAAAUUUAUUCACUUAUAAGUUAUAAUAUACUUAUGUAAAAAGUAGAGAAAUUCCAGUAACAUAUUUAACACAUUUUUAUUUGUAAAGAACACCAAUUGUGCCAUACAUCUGCGUACUGGACAUUUCACUCGACUUUCUGUAUGUCAUAAAAUUUAAGCACUUCAUAAUGGUAUAAUGAUCUAAAUAAAAACUAUUCAUGUAAGCGUA